UUGCACAUGAACUAGGAAGACUGAGCACUCAUUUUCCCCAGUCUUAAACACAAUUCUGCCCCCAGCUUUGGAAAUAGUUUCUGCACUUUGGCUCUGUCUACUCUCUCAUCCACCUCUGUUGCUGAAUCGAGCUGGAUGUGCAGCUUUCCUAAAAUUCCUGAAAAAGAGCCAAAUUCUUCUUCCAUUCUCAGAAGCUCAACUUCAUGUAAAGUCAACCGCUUCUGGUUAAUCAUAGCCUACAUUUUUGUUUGAUUUGUUGUUGUUUUUGAUAAAAAUCAUGUCACCCCGUGUUACAAGAGCAAACUCAAAAUAUGUGCGGUUAAACGAGAAAGCCUCUGCAGUGCCUUAUUUCCUCCGAUCCAAGGUACCCUUGGGAGAUGCAUCUAAUCUGAUCGGCCUCAAUAAAGCCGUUGAUAUAUUACCAAAGAAAGAGAAGACUGCACGCUUGAAGAAAGAGCGCACAAAAGCCAAGGAUGCAGGACUCAAAGCUCCUUCAACCAAAAAUGAGAACGUCUCUGUGGUGUGUGAAACAGUCAAGCAGCCAGUUGCACACACGACUGACAAGGGUGACGUUACUCUGGGUACAGAGCGAAAAGGUGCUGCACCUCAAGCUUUCUCCAGUUUGUUGCUUGACAUCCAGGAUGUGGACUCUGGUGAUACAGGUGAUGCUCAGAUGUGCAGUGAAUAUGUGCGGGAUAUCUACAACUAUCUACAACAGCUUGAGGUUGCUAUGGCCAUUAGACAGCGUUACCUAGAAGGCCAAGAGAUUACCGGUUCAAUGCGUGCUGUCGCUCUUGACUGGCUCAUGCGGGUGCAGAGAGAAUUUAAGCUGCGGGAAGAGACCUUUUUUAUGACCGUCAACAUUGUUGACGGUUUCCUUCAGAACAACCCUGUUCCCAAGAGAUACUUCCAGUUGCUCUGUGUGACUGCAAUGCUGAUUGCUUCAAAGUAUGAAGAGAUAUACUCACCCACAGUGGGAGACUUUGCGUUCGUGACAGAUGGUACCUACACCUGUGCAGACAUCCGCAAAAUGGAGAGAAAAGUUUUAAAGAAGUUAAAUUACAGCCUUGGGAAGCCAGUCGCACCUCACUUUCUACACCGGGCCUGCAAAGUUGGCCAGGCUAGUCCAAAGGAGCAGGAGUUGGCAAUGUUUCUUAUGGAGCUUGCAGUGCUAGAUUAUGACCUGGUUCACGUAGCUCCAUCUCUCAUCGCGGCCGCUGCGUUUGCAUCUUCUCUGAGAAUCCUUGGCUCCGGGGAGUGGAGCUCCAUCCUGCAGCAUUACACUGGGUACAAGGAGGAAACUUUAGCUCCCGUGAUGCAGGGUAUUGUACGCAUGCUGGAAAAAGUUACAGAGGAAUGCAAGUUACAGGAAAUGAAAAGCAGGUAUGCUAAAGUGUCUACAAGUGUCUGUGGAGCUGGUGCCAAGGGAGUCUCCUGUGAGAAUAUGGCACAACUUCUCCGAUAAGAUCUGAUUGAGGACAAUUGCAUAUAAAUUAAGCACUUUACCGGCAGAUAUUGCUAAAAAUCAGUAUCUUUAUUAAAUGUCUUUUAAUCCAUUCUAUUUUAUAAAAGAUUUUUAUUUUUUCAAGUUAAAUGUGCAAUUCUGUGAAUUGUGUAUUUAAAUGUCUCCAUAUGAAACCAGGAAAAUGUCAAUAAAUGUUUGGUUUUUAUUGGACUCUUACUCAAA